CUUUAUUUUGCUACCUAAUUUGGUCCGUUCAAUCUGAGCGUGGGCAUCGUUUGGAACCGAAGCAAGAAGAAACAGCAGCACCGGCCAAGGCCCGAGCUCGGCUGUUUUUGUUCGAGCAUCCACUAUCUUCGUCUUUGCGCGAUCGGGUACUAGGAAUACCGAGUUAAGGUUUCGACCGAUUAUUCCUGCAUUCGAGAGACUUGAGUUCUUGAGCGGACAUUGGGUAAGAUGUGUGGGUAGUUUCGCUGCGAGCUUCAUUCGGGAAAGAGUUUUGAUUGAGUCGCGUUUGGGUCGGCCGCUUUGGAGACGGAGAAGGGUAGGCACUCCACGCUCGGUCAAGAAGAACAGGUCCCAUGGCUUCGUUCUCCUCCAGUAGUGGCCAGGAAGAUGAGGUUUUGGUGGAGGAGAAGUCCUUUGUGAGAACACUGAUACUAAAUAGACCCAAGCAGCUGAAUGCUCUUUCAUAUCAAAUGAUAUCUCGGCUAUUGGAACUUUUCCUUGUCUAUGAGAAGGAUUCUAACGUGAAGUUGGUAAUCUUAAAGGGAAAAGGGAGAGCUUUUUGUGCCGGUGGUGAUGUUGCAGCUGUUGUGCAUGAUAUCAACAAUGGAAACUGGAAGUCGUGUGAAAUCUACUCUCGGAAGGAGUACACUCUAAAUUAUCUGAUGGCAACAUACAGUAAACCUCAGGUUUCAAUCUUGAAUGGCAUUGUCAUGGGAGGAGGGGCUGGUUGUUCCGUACAUGGUAGUUUUCGUGUGGCAACAGAAAAUUCGGUUUUUUCUAUGCCUGAAACAGCUCUUGGUCUCUUUCCAGACAUAGGUGCCUCAUAUUUCCUGUCAAGGCUUCCGGGACAUUUUGGGGAAUAUAUUGGUCUUACUGGUGCUAGAUUGAAUGGAGCAGAGAUGCUUGCAUGUGGCCUUGCAACUCACUUUGUUCCCUCGGCGAAACUGCUGUUACUUGAAGCAGCUCUACACGGGGUAGAUUCUAGCGAUCAAGCCAUAAUUGCAGCAAUCAUUGGUGAAUACUCUGAGUUGCCUAUGUUGAAAGAGCAAAGUGCAAACCAUCGGUUGGAUGUCAUCAAUAGGUGCUUCUCACGAAGAACAGUGGAGAACAUUCUAGGUGCUCUUGAGCGAGAAGCCACAAAUAAGGCAGAUGAUUGGAUCCUUGCCUCAAUUCAGUCGUUGAAGAAAGCAUCACCAACAAGCCUUAAAAUUUCUCUUAUAUCGAUAAGAGAAGGUCGACUACAAGGAGUUGGCCAAUGCCUUGUACAAGAAUACAGAAUGGCUUGCCAUGUAAUGCGAGGCGAAAUCAGCAAGGACUUUGUUGAGGGCUGCAGAGCCAUACUCUUGGAUAAGGAUAAGAAUCCAAAGUGGGAUCCUCCUAGAUUGGAGCUUGUCAGUGAUAAGAUGGUAGACAAGUACUUCUCCAAGGUGGAUGAUGAACACUGGGAGGAUCUAAAGCUGCCCCCCAGAUCAAACUUGCCUGCAUCUGCUAUUGCAAAGCUGUAACUCUCGGUAUGGCAGAUUUUCGCCAUCCAAUAUAUUAGGUGGUGCAUUAAGGAUAACCUGCAUGAUGUGGAACAACUAUCAAGAUAAUGAGUUAUCGAAAAGGCUGUCCCUCCAACGAUUUUUGACACGAUACUACAUGAGGCAAUGGCUGAAGAUAGACGA